AUGGCUAAGAUUAGCACCCAAUACUCCCACCCUACUGUAAGAACCAGGGACAGAGAUCUGGACCACGUUGAAAACGGCCUCAGCAGGGUCCACUCGCCUUGCGAGGAGACUUCAUCAGAACUGCAGCAGGAGAUCGCCAUGGAGACCAGACGACUGGCUGAAUCCAGGCGAAACUCCUACACCAGCCAGGGGCCCUCCAGGUUGUCUCGCCUGAUCAUCUCACUGCGAGCAUGGGCCACCGGGCACUUACACCACGAGGACCAGAGACCUGACUCCUUCCUGGAGCGUGUCCGUGGAGCUGAGCUCAAGGAGGUAUCCAGCCAAGAAAGCAAUGCCCAGUCAAAUGUGGGCAGCCAGGAGCCACCAGACAGAGGGAGAAGUGGCUGGCCGCUGGCCAGAAACAACACCAACAUGUGCAACAACUCAGAGGAUGACAAGGCGAAAAAGGAGGAGAAAGAAAAAAAGGAAGAAGAGAAAAAGAAAAACGGCACAAAACAAGAGGAAAACAAGAAGGACACCAUGGUGGUGGACCCCUCCAGCAACGUGUACUACCACUGGCUGACGGUCAUCGCCCUGCCUGUCUUCUAUAACUGGUGUCUGCUGGUAUGCAGGGCCUGUUUUGAUGAGCUGCAGUCUGACCACGUGAUGCUGUGGCUAGUCCUGGACUACUCGGCAGAUGUCCUCUAUGGCUUGGAUCUGCUGGUGCGAGCUCGGACAGGCUUCCUUGAGCAAGGCUUGAUGGUCAAGGAUGCACAGAGGCUGUGGAAGCAUUACACAAAGACCGUGCACUUCAAGCUGGACAUGUUGUCCCUGGUCCCCACAGACCUGGCUUAUUUUAAGUUGGGUGUAAACUACCCAGAGCUGAGGUUCAACCGCCUACUGAAGCUUGCCCGGCUCUUUGAGUUCUUUGACCGCACAGAGACAAGGACCAACUACCCUAAUUUAUUCAGGAUUGGGAACUUGGUCUUAUACAUCCUCAUCAUUAUCCACUGGAAUGCCUGCAUCUACUUUGCCAUUUCCAAGUUCAUUGGUUUUGGGACAGAUUCCUGGGUCUAUCCAAACAUCUCAAACCCAGAGUAUGGGCGCCUCUCUAGGAAGUACAUUUAUAGUCUCUAUUGGUCCACCUUGACCCUGACCACCAUCGGAGAGACCCCACCCCCUGUGAAGGAUGAGGAGUAUCUGUUUGUGGUCAUAGACUUCCUAGUGGGAGUCUUGAUUUUUGCCACCAUUGUCGGCAAUGUGGGAUCCAUGAUCUCAAACAUGAAUGCUUCACGGGCCGAGUUCCAGUCCAAGAUUGACUCCAUUAAGCAGUAUAUGCAAUUCCGCAAGGUGACCAAGGACUUGGAGACACGGGUGAUCCGGUGGUUUGACUACCUGUGGGCAAACAAGAAGACAGUGGAUGAGAAGGAGGUGCUCAAGAGUCUCCCAGACAAGCUGAAGGCCGAGAUCGCCAUCAACGUGCACCUGGACACUCUGAGGAAGGUCCGCAUCUUCCAAGACUGCGAGGCGGGGCUGCUGGUGGAGCUUGUGCUCAAGCUGCGGCCCGCAGUGUUCAGCCCAGGGGAUUACAUCUGCAAGAAGGGAGACAUUGGGAGGGAGAUGUACAUCAUCAAGGAGGGCAAGCUGGCUGUCGUGGCUGACGAUGGGAUCACCCAGUUCGUGGUCCUCAGUGAUGGGAGUUACUUUGGGGAGAUCAGCAUCUUAAACAUUAAGGGAAGCAAGGCAGGGAACCGCAGGACAGCCAACAUCAGGAGCAUUGGUUACUCAGACCUGUUCUGCCUUUCUAAAGAUGAUUUGAUGGAGGCUCUCACUGAAUAUCCAGAAGCCAAGAAAGCUCUGGAGGAGAAGGGACGGCAGAUCCUGAUGAAGGACAACCUGAUUGACGAGGACGUGGCCAAGGCUGGGGCGGACCCCAAGGAUAUUGAGGAGAAGGUAGAGCACCUGGAGUCCUCCCUUGACACCCUGCAGACCAGGUUUGCACGGCUCCUGGCCGAGUACAAUGCCACCCAGAUGAAAGUGAAGCAGCGUCUCAGUCACCUGGAAAGCCAGAUGAAGAUGUGUGGGAGCGACCUUCUGCCUGAUGGGGGUGCUCCUGGGGAUGCUGCAAAAGCAGAGACCAAACAAGAGUGAAAUGCAGGUGUCCAUCUCCUGCUUCCCAGAGUCAGCCAUCCGUGUGAUGCAUUG